AUGGCUUUGAACGGCAACGCAAGGCAAACAGACGAGUACUGGAAUGGAAAUCCGCCAAUGCACGCUUCUUUCGAAUCCUGGCAAGGGAAACAUGGUAAAGACGCAUACAAAGAUUUCAAGAAAGCCCAUCCCUCGAACAAACUGUCGUAUGACGACUGGUGCCAAACUGACCAGGUCUUCGGCGGAUACAUCUUCCACGUAGCUUCAUUGGUGUGGAACGAAGACGGCGACUCCGACGAUGAACGUGCAAAACGCCGUCGUGUUACGCGCGUUCCGGACCACGAUCCGAAAAAGACAGUGACCACCAACGGCAACGGAACGCCGUGUACCGCAGGCUCAGCAACACCAACGCCUGUGGCGAAUUCAGAUGAGAUAGGUGCAUCUGGCAAGAGGAAACGGAAACCACGAAAGAAGUACAUGUCGCAAGAACUCGUGGCAUCAGAUGAAGAGCCAGCAGAUGAGGUCGAAGCAGCAACCCCCUACGCAGAGGCUGAAUCGGCAGCAGCGCCAGCUAUCACCGUCAAUGGACGACGCAAGUCAAGCUCGCGGAAGCCUAGGAAGAAGCCUAUUUCCAAUGAAACUAUAUCGCCAGAAGAUGAGAACGUUGAUCCCAUGGAGGUCGAUGCUCCUGUCAUCACAUCUCCCCUCCCCGUUCGCUCCGCUCCACAUGCAGCCGCCGCGACAAGGCAACCAGAAUCACCGAAGAAGACAACACCAAAGCAGGCCUCUGUCAAGAAGUUAAGAAAGUCAUUCCUCGUAAGAUUGCCCUUCCAUCUUUGGGAUGCCGUAAACUUAGAAGAGAAGUCCGAAGAGAUGGUACUCGAUGAGGAUACCGACAACGGAGAUGCUUCUAUCGCCGAAGUCUCACGACCUGCGACCAUCCCUGCUGCCAAACCCAAGGUCCAUUCCAGCAACGAUAUCAAGACAGAUACGAAUGCAGAUGAUGCUGCAGAAACAGCGACAGCUGAAGGCACACCCGAUCCAUCAGCUGCCAGCGCCAGACGAGGCCUGCGCAAUCGAAAGCCUGCGCAGCAGCGGCCCUACUACCACGAUGCGCAAGUUUUCGAAGAUGUCGAGACCGAAUCUGAAGACGAAAGUGAACUAGAACCAUUGUCGCGCGAGCCAUCUCCAGAACCUGCACCCCUAAGCAAAGCCAAGCACUUCAAAGGCAAAGGGCGGGCCUGGAAGAAAGACGGCUCUGACGAGGAUGAGGAGUUUGUUACGCCGAAGGAGAAGAAGGCCGCAAAGGCUGCAAAAGCCAAGGCUGACAAGGCAAAGACCAAAGCGGACAAGGAGGCUGAGAAAGACAUACUGGGCAGUCUCUGGGAUGCGCUUGUCACGGAGUCAGUCGCGCUCUACAAGAAGGAGCCAGAGAAUGACGAGAGCGACCUGAACCCAAGGAUAGAUCGCCAUCUCGAUGAGCGGAUAAGGGCCAAAGACUUGCCCAACGUUCCGCCUAAGCAGAAGAAGAAGAUUGGGCGCCCCAGGAAGAGCAAUCUGUCUGAGGACAUCGUCCGCGAUGAGUCUGACAACGACACUCCGCAAGCAACACCCACGCAGCCCCCAAAGCGCGGCCGCGGCCGCCCACGCAAGAGCGCACUCUCUUCUGAGAUCGUCCGUGACGAUUCCGAAGACGAGGCUCCAGCACAAGCGGCAUCGCAAGCAUCCGCACCAGCUCCAGCACCAAAGCCAGCAGAGACUGACGCGACCAUCGACCUCACAACCCCACCCAAGCCCAAACCUACAUCCAGGCCAUCCACCGCAACAUCCUCGGCCGCAGCACCUUCACAGGCCCCGACACCCAAGAAGCGCGGCCGCCCACGCAAGUCCGAGACCAGCACGACACCCGCAAAGGCGGCCGUCGCCAAACCGAGCGAAGGCGCCGUCGACCACAAGCCGCAACGACGCGGGUCCACGGCUACCGAGACCGCUGCAGAGCCGAAGACUACGCGGGCGCGCGCCAGUAUCUCGUCGGCACCCGAUGUGCGCUCCACAGCCCAAGCGCCCGAGUAUCUCCUGCCGAACAUCAAUCGCGGUGCUGCGCUGGUGGAGUCUUUGUACCCUCGAGAACCUUCCCGUCAGCCGUCGCAGGCUGCGUCGCCACCAGCACCCGCGGAGGCGAAGGAGACUGUCGAGCCGGAAGCGAAGAGCGAGGCGCAGGGUGAAUGGUGCACGGAAGCACACCAUCAGCCUGAGACUGAUACUGAGGCGAAGGCGAAGGCGGAGGCAGCAGCCAAGGCCGAGACUGAGGCCGAGACUGAGGCAAAGGGGGAGGGUGUGGAGGAAGAGGAUGACGGGGAGAUGAGUGCGGCGAUGAGUUUGAGCUCGGAUAGUGAGCUGUAG